CAUCAACUCGGUCAGAUCUCGAGCAAAAUGUUUUCAGGCAAGUACUUCCUUUGAUUAUAUUCUCUUUUCCUCAUGCCGCCAAUCCGUGUUUUAAUUCUGGGCCACUCUUUCAUUCGCCGUGUGCACGAUUUUCUUUGCCGCAAUUUUAAUGCGCGCAUUGCGAAAAAUUUAAGUCUAGAUGGCGAUCUGCUCAUAAGAUGGCAUGGGAUUGGAGGUAGAACGGUUUCUACAACUAGGGAGUACGAUUUAGGUAUAGUAGAGGAGUUCGCUCCCAAUGUAGUGAUCAUGCAAUUAGGUACGAAUGACCUUACCACCAUUUCGGCCGUAAAAAUGCGUCUUCACAGCGGUUUAUACCCAUUAAUACACAACAGAGAGGUACCUAUAUCUACCAGUGUGUGUCUAAGAUCAGGGAGG